AGUGGUGGCUGGUCCGCCGGUGACCCGACACCAAGCAUCGAUCGCUCGUCGUCCAGUGGGCCCCGACGGCUGGGAGACUGGGCCGGCGCCUCCUCGAAGGAUCGACGGUUGGAGGCUGGAGGCAUUGGGGGUUUUCGUUUGCUAUCGGCCAGUUGAAGCAUCAGAUAUCAGCCGUCACUCGUCAGCCGUCAGGUGCCAUUCGUUGGACGUCAGAUACGACGUCAGUCGUCAGUUAACAAUUUUACCCAGCCGUCAUCCGUCAGUCGUCAGUCGUCGGUCCUUAAAUAAUUACCCUCCACCAGCAACUCCCUACUAAAUCCCGAUAGCCGACCGAUAACAGUCAACCGUCAACCGUCCGCUACCAGCCAUGCCGCCUCAGACCUCCGGGCGGCACUCUCCGGCUCCUUCGGAGAUGACGCGCCUGACGAAGCCACUACCGGAGAAACAGCCCCCCGAGGAGACCAAGCCGGUGGCGGUGCACCCGCCGGUCGACGGCGGUCUGCGCGCCUGGCUGGUGGUACUGGUCAGCUUCCUCUGCAACGGCGUCAUCUUCGGCAUCAUCAACUGCUACGGCGUGCUCUACGUCUCGUUCCUGGAGCAGAUGGAGACGGCCGGCGUGGCCAACGCCGCCUUCAAGUGCUCUCUGGCGGGCUCGCUGUGCACGGGCCUAACGUUUCUGAUGUCGGCCGCGUCCGGCGUGCUGGCUGAUCAUGUGGGCAUGCGUCGCACCGCGUGCUGCGGUGCCCUCAUGGCCUUCACCGGCCUGCUCGUUUCGGCGUUCGUCUCCGGUCAGUUCGAGGCGCUGCUGGUGACCUAUGGCCUGCUGCUGGGCACCGGUGCCUCGUUGGUCUACACGCCCUCACUAGUAGUGCUCGGACACUACUUCGAGCGCCGGCUGGGCCUGGUGAACGGGCUCUGCGCCAUGGGAUCGUCCAUCUUCACCGUCAUCAUGCCGUUCGUCAUGACGUCCCUGCUGGGCUCGGUCGGCAUCAAGGGCACGCUGCUCGUCCUGGCAGGCCUGGUGGGCGCUCUGGUGCCCCUGGUGCUCCUGUUCCGCGCUCAGCACGCGCACGGCGGACCGACGGGUGACCCGCGGCCCAGCUGUUCGCCGGCGUGGAUCUGCAGCCAGCUCAUCAACGUUCACAUCUGGCGCAACCGUCGCUACCUGGUCUGGUCCAUCGCCGUGCCGCUGGGCCUGUUCGGCUACUUCGUGCCCUAUGUGCACCUGGUGCAGUACGUGCGCAAGUCGUUUCCGGCGUGGGACGGCACGUGGCUCGUGCCGUGUCUGGGUGCCACGUCCGGCCUGGGACGGCUGGUGUUCGGUAGGAUAGCCGAUAUGCCGCGCUUCAACAAGAUCGUCCUCCAACAGGUAUCGUUCCUGGUGAUUGGCACGCUGACGGUGACGCUAGCGUUCUGCCGGUCGUUCCCGCUGCUCGUUGCCAUCGUCCUGGCCAUGGGUCUGUUCGACGGCUGUUUCAUCUCGCUGCUGGGACCGAUCGCCUUUGAGCUGGUCGGCCCGGCCGGCGCCUCGCAGGCCAUCGGCUUCCUGCUCACACUCUGCUCCGUCCCGCUCACCGUGGGACCCCCAGUGGCCGGUAUGCUGUACGAUCACACGCACUCGUACCAGACGGCGUUCGUGCUGGCCGGCUGUCCGCCAAUCCUGGCCGCUGUGGCCAUGUGCCUCAUCCACCGGAUCGCCGCUCCCCUGCCCGACGCCGUCCAGCAGCGCAAAAUGUCAGCCGCACACGCAGACGGCCACGAGCACCACGAACAGCUGCCGCAGUGUGAGCAGCUUCUGGGUGCUGCCUCGCACGCCGUCUAGCGUCCGGAGAUAGAAGCUGCAGUUCAGCCGUCGUCCGCUACAAGUCCGAGCUGCUCUGAUGACAUCAACGGAUCUUGGUGACGUCAACAGAGUUUGAUGACGUCAACAGUCGGACGAUGUGUCCUCAAUGGGGUGAAUGGAAAUGAGUUCGCGUACGCAAAUGACAUGUGUAUUUUUAUGUGAAAGCAUAUCAGUGCUUCCAGGGCUAGCAUAUAUUGCAAUUAGAGUUGUUAUUUUGUCCUUUUAGUUAUUAUGCCAACGGCAACUGUCCACCAACCAAACAAUUCCUUCUAUGUAGUUAGGUACAUGCUUAAUAUUUAUUCUCGUACCUUAGACACCAAUAGGAUGCCAUUUCUUCGAAAUAUUAAAAGAAAGAAGCACUUGACGGUUCAACACCCUUUUAUAGAUUUCCACAACCCCAAACCCUGUCCCCCUGCUCCAUCGUCUUAGCCUGUUUGUCAUAGGAUUAGAGCCUAUACAUGUAAGGAUAAGAACCUACACCUAUACAUGCAUUUGUUGUUUCUGAGAGUAUCUAAUCCGAAAGGGUAGAUAAGUACACUAUCCAGCGUCCAAUGCCCACGUAUUUAGACAAGGAGGUCAAUUUAUCAAUAGCCUCGUCACUAUCUUCGGCGCAUUGCUUCCCUUAGACGCACAUCCGAUAUAGGGCCCAAGGCUCUGUCACAUCCGUAUAAUUAAUGGCAUAGGGGCAUGAUCGAAAUGAUCCCCUGUUGACUGGGAAAAAUAAACGGAUAAUGGAA